AUGCCUGGAAAACUAAAAGCCAAAAUCGUGGCUGGCCGCCACUUGCCUGUCAUGGACAGAGCCAGUGAGCUUACGGAUGCCUUUGUAGAGGUCAAGUUUGGAAACAUAACAUUCAAAACAGAUGUCUGCCCCAAAUCCCUCAAUCCGCAGUGGAACUCGGAAUGGUUCAAAUUUGAGGUUGAUGAUACGGAGUUGCAGGAUGAGCCGCUGCAGAUCACAGUGUUGGACCACGACACAUACAGUGCAAACGACGCCAUCGGAAAGGUUUACAUUGACAUUGACCCGCUGCUGUGCAGUGAGGCCGCUUCUGUCAUCUCAGGCUGGUUUCCUAUCUACGACACCAUCCACGGUAUCCGUGGGGAGAUUAAUGUCCUGAUCAAAGUGGAGCUCUUCAAUGACUUGAACCGCUUCAGACAAUCCUCCUGUGGAGUCAAGUUCUUCUGCACCACCUCUAUACCGCGUUAUUACCGGGCAGUGAUGGUCCAUGGCUUUGUGGAAGAGCUUGUGGUGAACGAAGACCCCGAAUAUCAGUGGAUUGACCGCAUUAGAACACCUCGAGCGUCUAACGAAGCUCGUCAGAGACUCAUUUCACUCAUGUCCGGGGAACUGCAGAGGAAGAUAGGUCUCAAAGUGCUCGAGAUGGGCGGGAAUGCAGUGGUGGGCUAUUUGCAGUGUUUUGACCUGGAGGGUGAGUCGGGCCUGGUGGUACGGGCCAUAGGUACCGCUUGCACUCUGGAAAAAGUCUCCGCUGGAGGUGCGCCCACCACUGCCACCGCCAUCACACACACGCACCCAAGCACAGCUCCCACCUCCAAUGCCUGUAAUUCCCCUUCUAAGGACGGAAAGGAGCCGGUUUUUGGUGAGGAUCUCCCCUCGUCUUCCGGCCCGCCCACCCCUUUCAGAGCUCUUCCCACCUCCCCUUUCUCUCCUUCCCCUUUCUGUCCUCCCCAAGCCAGUCGCCAGUCCUCAUCAUCAGACACAGACCUCAGUUUGACGCCCAAGACGGGAAUGGGCAGCGGGGGCAGUGCCGGCAAAGAGGCGGGACCCCUAAAGACGCUGCUCAGACAGCAGACGCAGACGGCUCUGGAGCAGAGGGAGUUCCCGUUCUUCACAUUGACAUCUUUCCCAACGGCCUUUCUGGUUCACGUUGGUGGAGUCGUUAGCGCUCGCUCGGUCAAACUGCUGGAUCGCAUACACAACCCUGAUGAGCCAGAGACCCGCGAUGCCUGGUGGGAGGAGAUUCGGCAGGAAAUAAAGUCUCAUGCCAAAGCUCUUGGUUGCCAUGCCGUCGUGGGAUACAGUGAGAGCACCAGUAUUUGUGAGGAGGUGUGCAUCCUGUCAGCAUCUGGUACCGCAGCCAUCUUAAAUCCUCGCUACAUGCGCGAAGGCUGUUUAGAUGCUUCAAGCGCGGAGCACAGGUUUGAUGAGUCAUCUCCCUCGGGUUGCAGCUUCUGCCACAUACCAUACGAUGAGUUCAACAUGCCUUUUCCUGCCCAGCUCACCUACUGCUACAUCUGCAGACGACAAAAGGUCCCCGAUGUUUUAUUCACAACUAUAGACCUUCCAUCAGAAGCAGCCAUCACGGGGAAAGGUUGUCUCAUUCAAGCAAGACUAUGCCGUUUGAAGAAGCGAGCCCAAGGGGAGGUGAACGCAACAGCCAUCUCCAACCUUCUUCCUUUUAUGGAAUAUGAACUUCACACACAGUUGAUGAACAAGCUGAAGCUGCACAGCAUGAACGCUCUGUUUGGGCUUCACAUACAGAUCAGCGUUGGCGAGAACAUGUUGCUGGGUCUGGCUUCUGCCACAGGAGUAUACCUGACCGCCCUUCCUGCACCCGGAGGAAUCCAGAUCGCAGGGAAGACUCCGGUUGACCUGAGCAACGAGCAACACAUGUUGACCAUACAAAAGAGGAUCAACGACACGAUCGCCAAGAACAAAGAGCUAUAUCAGAUUACCCCACCGAAAUUAUUUACCCUGGACCCCGAGGUGCUCGGCGACAUAAACAUGGAUCUCACAGAAGAAAUAGUGGGAUCUCCCAUCCCAGAGCCCAGACAAAGAACCAGGCUUUUCCGGUCCCACUCAGAAAGUUCCGAUGAGCUAUCAGAAUUGGACCUCUCUCACGGCAAAAAGGAUGCUUUUGUUCUGGAGAUUGAUGACACCGAUGCUGUGGAAGAUAUUCAUUCCCUACUCACUGAUGCCUCACCUCCAAUGGGGUUCCACAGCUGCAACACUGAGAUCAUGCCUGGGAUUUACAACUGGACAUCGGGAAUACAGAUGUUUACAUCAGUCAGGGUGUUAAGGUUGAGUAAUGCCAAUCUCACGAAUCAAGGCUUGAAUAAGAUCUUCACUGACAUGUGUGAGAACCUGCUGAAGAGUUUAUACUUUAAGUUGCGCUCGAUGAUCCCCUGCUGUAUUUGUCAUCUCAACUUCACCGUAGCAGUACCAGAAGAAGAACUCAUACAGGUUGCAGUGACAGCGGUUGCAAUGACCUUCGACAAAGACCAAGCCCAGGAAAAGCCAGUGGAAAAGCCUGUUGCCAAAGGGUGCAGUGAGACUGAAGAGCAGCUGCAGUUCCCCUUGGAGCUCUGUGCUGACUCCCCAUCCACCAACGCUCAGCUGCCAUCCAAAACCUCAGGUACAGUCUCAUUACUCACGCCUGCUGCAAAACUCUGCCAAAAUCAGCUGGUUAUUGUGCACCCGGAAGGUGUCCCAGCAAGUACCGCUGUGUCGUCCAGAGACAGAUGCAGCACCUGGCUAGAGCUGCUUAGGCUGAAAGCUCACACCAUAAGACGAGGAUCAGUUAAGACAAUCUCAUCUUUGGAGCGCUCCAGCCCCUUGACCGAAAGCCGCUUCCGCUCACUGCGCUCGAACCGCUGCUCAUUCGGAGGAAGCUCAGUCACAGUUGUGAAGAUGACACCGCUUUCCUUUCUCCCUGGCACACGUGUGGUAAAAUAUUUGGGCAUCAUCAACAUGUUUUUCAUUCGAGAGACCACUUCUUUACGAGAGGAAGGUGGCGUGAGCGGCUUCCUCCAUUCAUUCAUAGCAGAGGUGUUUGCCAUGGUUCGUGCCCACGUCGCAGCUCUCGGAGGGAAUGCUGUGGUAUCAUACAGUAUGAAGGAGUGUGUAUUAAUGGAAAAUCCCAAUAAGAACCAGGCUCAGUGUCUCAUCAAUGUGAGUGGCGAUGCUGUCAUCUGUGUGAGGGAUUCGGAUCAGGAGCCUGCGUCCUCAGCUGCAAACCUUAUACAAGCGGGCACAGGCGGAAUAGAAGGCACUACAUGA